UGCUGGUAAUAGUUGGGAAAAAUGCAAAGGUAUCAUCCUACCAGCUGCACUGGUGCAGUAAAUAACAGUGGAAUUGGUGGGGCAUCAGCCAGGGAUACAUCCCGAGCUGACUCCUCUUCAUUUCUGGCUAACUUCUCCCUAAAUCAAAGAAUGCAAUGUGCUGGUUAAGCUUUAUGGGUGAACAGAUUCCUUGCCAACCUGGGAAGAAGCCUUAGCCCUUGUGAUUGACUCAGUUGGGAAGCUUGUGCAUUUCAAAUUGGAAUCUAUUUAUCUUCUUUGAGAUAAUAUCUAGCCGCAUUCUUCUUCUCAGUGGCCAGUUGGUUUGAGGACUCUGGUUUUCAGGAAUUCUGGAUGAACAAAAUCUCCUGAAAUCCAACAAUAGCAUAAUGGCAAAGAGGUCCCAACGACACUCUAUGCGAUAUGAAAAAGAUCAGGCAGGCUGUGUAUGGGCUUUCAUUAAUAUAUUUGAUUUCCGCCAUGGUCGAUCAACUCGAAAACUACUGUCAGAUAGGAGGCAUACAAGAAGACAAGUUGUUGGUGCUAGAUAUUCAGGGUCUAAAAUGGGCAUGCCAACAAAUUCAAAGGAGGACUCUAAAGAAAUUUAUGGUUGUGAAGAAAGCCAUGCUUCGACAGCUGAUGAUGGUAAGUCUAGUGUAAAGGAACUUAUGAAAGAAGAGAUGAUCAGUGAACAAGUCCCGAAGCAACUGAUGACUUGUGCUGAUAUUGAAGCCAAAGAGUGUGAUUCAGGGCAUAGGGGUCAGAUAAAAAGGAACCGUAAGCAAACAAGUAAAACUAAUAAGAGUUCUUGUGAUGUACAUUAUGAGUUGGAUGCUACCAAAAGCUUGGGACUUGAAAAUUCCUUCUGUCAAGAUUCAGAGGAAAAAAUUUCAAAAAAUCUUGAUGUGGAAGUACUCCUGAAUGAGCUAUACCAGCAGAUCAAUCAGAAAAGUACUACUUGUAUGAACCAUGACUGGGGUAAUGAUCCUAUCAUUCAAUCUGAGCAGGAGCUCUCUGUAUCUGACAAAAAAUUAAUGGAGGCAAUUAAGGUGUUUGUAGAUCAGACCUUUGCAGAAGGAAAACAUCUCAGAGAAGAUGGGGAUAUUGACUGCUCUGACCAAUAUACUGAUGCCCUUCAGACAUUAAGUUCAAAUAAACGAUCAAUUUUGAAACUCCUCAAAGAUCGAAACUCACUGUUGGUGAGGCACAUUGAAGACUUGGAUGGUGCUCAUGUUGAGACAGAUCAAAAUUCCUAUUCACCAUCAGGAUCCCACUUUUUAGAUGGGGAGCUAAGUAAGUCAAAACCUUCCGAGGCUGUUGCCCGUAAGCAGCAUAGCUUCUUCAGGAGAAGGAGCAAAUCCCAGGAAAAAAUUUUGUUGCAGGCAGAUAAAAAUAGUCAAACUUCAAAUAGAAUUGUCAUUCUGAAACCAGCACCAGCAAGCUUGCAGACUUCUGAAACUGAAAUCAAACAUCACUUAUCUGGACCAAAAGUGCAGACUGAGAGAACUGUUUCCCAAUUUUCUUUUACUGAAAUUAGGAGAAAGCUAAAACAUGCUAUGGGAAAAGAGCAGUACAGGGUCCCUUUAGAGAAAGGCAUUCAGAGGGAAAGAGGUGCGUGGAACUCUCCAUAUAGAAACCAUUUCUAUAAUGAAAAAUUUGCCAGCACUGCCUUUCACACCAAGAAUAAAGAAAAGAAUUGGAAGCGUAGAGACUUCGAAACAGGCAUGAGAAAUGAAAUUGAUGAAUAUAACAGGCUUACAGUAUCUAACAUCAAUAUUGAGGCCAAGAAACAUCUGGCAGAAAUGCUAAAGAAUGGAGAAGAAAUUGCAGACAUUUCAAGCAGGAUAUUGCCAAAAACAUUGGGAAGGAUUCUCUCUCUUCCAGAAUUCAACUUCUCUCCCACUUGCAGCCCGGGAAGUGAGAAGGAACAUGGUUUAGUGACAACAGAAAGGCAAUCACCCUGUUCCAAAAAUCUUCAAACGGUCAAUGAGGACUCAUGGCAGCUUGCACACGAGAACUGUGACAGUAGUUUACAUCCUUUACAGCCAAUGUUAAACAGUCAAUUAUGCUUAGCUGACAACCCUGAAGGCUCUCUACAAUCUUGUGAAUUGAAUUCAGAUGUUGGACAUGAGAAUACUUGUGCUAAUGCGAUGGAAGAAACCUUGUUUUCUAUGAGAGCUGAGAGGAGUUCUGGAGGUGACGAGGAGAUUACAGAAACUUCUGAUGCAUCAGUCCAGGGAGAAAGCAACCUCGACAUUUCAGCUAAACAGUUUAGCUCUUCCGUUGAUAGAGGUGACCAACAAAGUGACCCUGCUGAAGUAUGUGACAAAGAUGACUAUGCCCAAUGCUUAGGAUCGGACUCAUUAGAACAGAACCAGUUAAUGCCUUCACCAAUAAAAUCCCCACCAAGCUCUUGCACCACCAAGGAUGUUGGAGAUAUAGACAAUGCCAAGGAAAGAACAGAGCAGCCCAGUCCUGUAUCUGUGCUUGAGCCAUUGUUCAUGGAAGAUGAGAUCAGCCCUGCAAGCAUCAAGUUCCAGUCUGUUGAACCUCCAAUGAUGCCACUGCAAUUCCAUUUUGAAGAACGGCUUUCUUAUACAGCAAGUCAAGAAAUUUGCAUAGGAGCUUGCUUGGAGGGUGAGGAAUCUGCAUUUGAAUAUGUUGAAGCAGUGUUGUUAGCAUCCGACUUGAAUUGGGAAGAAUAUAUCUUGAGGUGGCUUUCCUCUAAUCAAGUUCUUGGCACAUCAUUAUUUGAGGAAGUAGGGUUAUUCUCAAAUCGAUCUUGUAAUGACCAAAAGCUCCUCUUCGACUGUACCAAUGAAGUUCUUGAGCAGGUUUGUGAGCGAUAUUUUGGUUAUUCCCCUAGGGUAUCGUCUGUAAAACGUAACAAUCAGACAAUCCCAAGGGGGAAGGAUCUCAUUGAUGAGGUAUGGAAUGAAGUUGAACGGCAUCUUCUCCCUCAGCCUUCUCCUUCCACUUUAGACCUGCUUAUCAAAAAAGAUGUAGCAUACUCAGGAACCUGGACAGACCUACAAUUUGAUGUCAAAAGCAUUGGCAGUGAUGUUCAAGAAGCAAUUUUUGAAGAUCUGUUGAACAACACCUUACUGUGCUUAGUAGAUGAAGGUCCCAGAAUUGAUUCUAUGACUCUAAAACAGUUGAUAUAAGAUAAAUUGCAUCAAUGAAUAAAAUGCCGCAACCAACUUCUUUCUAUCUUCGUAAAAAGUUGGUCCACCUUCAGUCAGCUUGCAGGGAAGUAAGAACAGAUCUUUUCUUACCUGUUAGAAGGCUGUAGGACAUCCUGUCAAGUCAGUUUCAACCUUACCAAGCAAUCAUGCAGAGUAUUCUAUAUAGUAUCGAAUACCGGCUCCUCAACUUUCUCUACCUUAACAAUAUGGAUAUGACAAACUUCCUAGACCGUCUAACACUAGCUUGGGAGCUCUCUUGGCAAAGCUCAAAAUAAGAGAUCCUCAUCACAUAGAAAGGGAUCAACACCACUUGCCUUUGGUACAAGUCUCUACCUUGAAACUGAAAUUUAUGAUUAUCUAUGGCAUUAUUUCCAUGAACAUGACAAGCAUCGUUUCUCAUGAUGGGGAUUCAAUCAGAGGACUUCAGGCAUUCUUUUCUUGUUAUUGGUAGAGUUUGGCGUAUGAAACGUGUGUUUUGUCUAUCUGUUUGGAUUUUCAGGCUUUUGUUAUUUGAUACAUUUCAUUUCUGUUUUACUUCCCUGGUUUUGCUUGUACAUAUCUCUCUGUUUGCUGAUGUAGUUGACAUAAUUUUGGGUGUUCUGGACCUCGUGGUUGGCGACUUAGUAUCUGAAAAAUACAAAGAAUAUUAAUGGUAUCUUACUUGA